AGUGAUUGGAGGAAACCCCGUGCCUGCGGAGCGGCUGUAGCCUGUGAGCAGCCAGAUCAGGGACAGAGUCUCAGCCUCGCCGCCGCCGCCGCCGCCACCGCCCAGAGACUGCCGAGCCGGGUCCGUGUGCCGCCACUCACUCCGGACACAGAAUAUCCAGUUAUGGAUAAAAAUGAGCUGGUGCAGAAGGCCAAACUGGCCGAGCAGGCUGAGCGAUAUGACGACAUGGCAGCCUGCAUGAAAUCUGUAACUGAGCAAGGAGCUGAGUUAUCUAAUGAGGAGAGGAAUCUUCUCUCUGUUGCUUACAAAAAUGUUGUAGGAGCCCGUAGGUCAUCUUGGAGGGUCGUCUCGAGUAUUGAGCAAAAGACAGAAGGUGCUGAGAAAAAGCAGCAGAUGGCUAGAGAAUACAGAGAGAAAAUUGAGACUGAGCUAAGAGACAUCUGCAAUGAUGUGCUGUCUCUUUUGGAAAAGUUCUUGAUCCCCAAUGCUUCACAAGCAGAAAGCAAAGUCUUCUAUUUGAAAAUGAAGGGUGACUAUUACCGCUACUUGGCUGAGGUUGCUGCUGGUGAUGACAAGAAAGGAAUUGUGGACCAGUCACAGCAAGCAUACCAAGAAGCAUUUGAAAUAAGCAAAAAGGAAAUGCAACCAACACAUCCCAUCAGACUGGGUCUGGCCCUUAACUUCUCUGUGUUCUAUUAUGAGAUUCUGAACUCCCCAGAGAAAGCCUGCUCUCUUGCAAAAACAGCUUUUGAUGAAGCCAUUGCUGAACUUGAUACAUUAAGUGAAGAGUCGUACAAAGACAGCACACUAAUAAUGCAGUUACUGAGAGACAACUUGACAUUGUGGACAUCGGAUACCCAAGGAGACGAAGCAGAAGCAGGAGAAGGAGGGGAAAAUUAACCAGCCUCCAACCUUUGUCUGCCUCAUUCUAAAAUUCACACAGUAGACCAUUUGUCAUCCAUGCUGUCCCACAAAUAGUUUUUUUUUUUUUUUUUUUUGUUUACAAUUUAUGACAGGUUUAUGUUACUUCUAUUUGAAUUUCUAUAUUUCCCAUGUGGUUUUUAUGUUUUAAUAUUAGGGGAGUAGAGCCAGUUAACUUUAGGGAGUUACUCGUUUUCAUCUUGAGGUGGCCAAUAUGGGGAUGUGGAGUUUUUACAUGAGUUAUACAUGUUUGGCAUAGUACUUUUGGUACAUUGUGGCUUCAGAAGGGCCAGUGUUAAAACUGCUUCCAUAUCUAAGCAAAGAAAACUGCCUACAUAUUGGUUUGUGCUGGUGGGGAAUAAAAGGGAUAAUUGGUUCCAGUCAGGAGUGUAGUUUUUUGGGUACUUUAAGGUUUGGCACACUCGUGAGUUUGUGGUACAAACAUCCCGUGAAUGCACACUGGGGUCAUGUGUCUCUGCGUGCAUACCCUUGACCACAGCUCCAGAAGUGGUCCUUAGACAAAAGUUGUGACCCAAUUUAGUCUGAUAAGGGCAGAAACGGUUCACAUUCCAUUAUUUGUAAAGUUACCUGCUGUUUGCUUUCAUUAUUUUUGCUACACAUUUUAUUUGUAUUUAAGUGUUUUAGGCAAUCUAAGAACAAAUGUAAAAGUAUAGAUGCAGUAAGUUGAAUUGCUUGGUGGUCACCACUCCGUGUGUACCAAGCACAAUGGUAAACAAAAGCCCAUGUAUUUAACUUUUGUUUUUUGUUUGUUUUUGUUUUUGGGGUUUUUUUGGGGGGGGGGUUGUUUUGUUUUGUUUUGUUUUUGGUUUUUUUUUGUUUUUUUAGUUUUUUGUUUUGUUUUUUGCUUUUGUGAUUUUCUUUUUUUUUUUUUAUACUUGCCUAACAUGCAUGUGCUGUAAAAAUAGUUAACAGGGAAAUAACUUGAGAUGACGGCUAGCUUUGUUUUAAUGUCUUAUGAAAUUUUCAUGAACAAUCCAAGCAUAAUUGUUAAGAACACGUGUAUUAAAGUUCAUGUAAGCGGAAUAAAAGUUUUAUGAAUGGACUUUUCAACUACUUUUCUCUACAGCUUUUCAUGUAAAUUAGUCUUGGUUCUGAGACUUCUUUAAAGGAAAUUGUCUUCUUAUUCCCUCUUGGCAGCUAAUGGGCUUUUACCAGUUUUGAAUGCAAAGUUUAUCAUAACAAAAGAUGCUAAUGUAACUACCGUUCUCUACCAUGUCCCACAGACUUCCCCCCUUUUAUCCCUCUCAGAAAUUGAAGUGAACUUUUUUGGGGGGGGGUUGUGUUUGUUGAUUGGCAAAAAGGUGUAAUGUGUUCUAUUUAAAAUAUUAAAAUACUGGGUUAUGGCAUUUUCUAACUUAGGAAGCCACAAUGUCCUUGGCCCAUCGAGACACUGGGCAGCAUUACCUGUUAAGUUCUGUGCUUCCAAAUCGCUGUUGGUUUUAAGAAUUUCCUGAUGCUCUUACAGCCUGCCUUUGGUUCCAGUCCUGUAUUUCUCUGUUAGGGGCAUAGGCUCACUUCCCUUUUACUCUGUCUUGCCACCAACCAUUCUGACUUGGUGGCCAUGUAUUUGGGAAACGGCCGCAUGAUCUUUCUCGCUCCAUUCAGUGUCUAAGAGAACCUGCUUCCUCUGCUUGCAUCCCACAGCCUCCCCUCAUCCUUUUUCCUACAGCCCAGCUUUCUUAGGUUGAGCUUGUGUUUAUCUCCCCAGAAAUCCUGCCCUGAGUGGUCUGUCAUCAUCUCCCUUUAAAAUUCUUCCUCUGCCUCUUCUCCAAUAAUGAUGGGGUUAAGUCACACCCAAAGCUCACACCCUACCGAGUAUUUCUUCAGUACUUUACAGAAAACACCAAACAAAAAUGCCAUUUUACAAGAGGUGUAUUUUUUUUUCUUUUAGAAUGUAAGCUCCUCAAGAGCAGGGACAAUGUUUUCUGUAUGUUCUAUUGUGCCUAGUACACUGUAAAUGCUCAAUAAAUAUUGAUGAUGGGA